AUGUUAUUCAAGACCGUUCUAUUCUGGAUGUCAGCUAGCUUUGUGCUGGAUGUAUACGCCGCUGCCAUUAACGAUACUCGGUCUUCAUUAAGGCUAAACGCCGAAUUCAUGGACAUCAACGCGCUCACCCAGACAGCCACUGAUGCCGUCCCAUCGCCCGAUAUUACCGCUCACAACACAAACGCUUCCUCUGUCACAAAACGCGGCUACAACUACAAAACCGCUCCCUACAAAUGCCACGGCUUCGACUAUGGGUACGCCGCCGUCGACUCCGUGGUCGCAGGCAUCACGCACCUCACCAGCAGCAGCCUCAAGGGCAAACCAUCCAACGAAGGCCUAAACUGUGGGCGCGUCAGUUGUUCGGACAACGCUGCUAUUUGGUGGUGCAACAACGACAAAAACACAUUGACGCUAGACUCGUUCACGGACAUUGCGGCGGGAGCGGGGKAUGUGCAAUCAAAAUGCUCGGUAUGGGAUGAUGGGAGGCAACAGGAGAUGGUUUCUGGAGAGGCGAGCCCGGGGCCGGAUUGGACUGUUGUCGUGAGGAAGAAUAGUUGCUAG